AUGGUGCUGUUCCUUGAGCAUCUCUUGCUGGCCUUUGUCUCUCUAGCUUGCUGUACCACAAGCAUGACACAGACCUCACACGUCCUCGCAGCUCAUGCGGCAUCCACCUCCAAUUUCUCCGAUCACCUCGCUCUCAUGGCAUUCAAGUCACAAGUGACGAGUGACCCAUCGAGAGCGCUGGCGACGUGGAGCAACCAGUCUGUGCCGAUGUGCCAGUGGCAGGGCGUGUCUUGUGGCUUGAAGGGAAGCCGCCAUGGCCGUGUGGUGGCGUUGGACCUCGGCGAGCUCAACCUUGUUGGCACCGUCACUCCUGCGUUGGGAAACCUCACGUACCUGAGGCUGCUCAACCUUUCGUCGAAUCACUUCCAUGGGAUCCUGCCACCAGAGCUCGGUAAUCUCCAUGACCUUGAGGAUCUGCAGCUUAGCUACAACUCCAUUGAAGGGCAGAUUCCACCAUCACUCUCCAACUGCAGCUACCUUGUCGAUAUUUCAAUCAACGAUAACAAGUUGCAGGGUGUGAUACCAGGAGAGUUCAGCUCACUGCAUAAUCUCCAAAUACUCCAUCUUGAGUCUAAUGCACUUACAGGAACCAUACCUUCCAGUAUAGGUAACCUUGUGAAUCUCAAAUACCUCGGCCUAACAUUCAACAAUUUGACUGGGGAAAUCCCAGUAGAGAUAGGCAGUCUUGUCAGUCUCGUCGAGUUAGAUCUAGGUUACAAUCUGUUUUAUGGAAGUAUCCCUGCUUCACUUGGAAACCUCUCAGCAUUGACCGUUCUUACUAUUCCCAACACUAACCUAGAACACAUCCCACCACUCCAAGGCUUAUCAUCUCUCCAAAUACUUGAGUUGGCAAACAACAAGCUCACGGGAAACAUCCCUUCUUGGUUAGGAAACCUCUCUUCACUAGUUUACUUAAGUCUCAAGUAUAACAGUCUAGUGGGUCAAAUCCCAGAAUCAUUAGGAAACCUUGAGUUGCUUCAGAUCCUUUCUCUCUCUGUGAACAAUCUUUCAGGUUCCGUACCACAGUCAAUUGGAAACCUCCAUGACCUCACCGAACUAUAUCUAUCCAAAAAUGCACUAGAAGGAUCAUUGCCUCAUUCGAUGUUCAAUCUCUCUUCUCUUGAACUUCUGCUAUUGGAUUUCAACAGUUUCACUGGGGAUUUUCCACCUGAUAUGGGCAGCAAGCUAUCAAAACUAAAAUUACUAUUUGCAUCAAUCAAUCAAUUUCACAGUUCGCUCCCGUCAUCCAUAUGCAAUGCCUCCAUGCUUCAAGUCAUUGAAAUAGUAACCACCUUCAUGUCGGGCACAAUUCCCCAGUGCUUGGGAACUCACCAAAAGAACCUCUCUGUGGUGUUCCUUGCAGAUAGUUACUUUGAAGCAAGAAAUGAUGCUGAUUGGGGCUUCCUGACAGGUCUCACCAAUUCUAGCAAUAUGAGGAAAUUAGCUUUGAGUUCCAACAAACUUGAAGGUGUGCUGCCAAAUUCAAUUGGUAAUCUUUCAACACAAAUGAAAUUUCUUACCAUAAAAGACAACAAGAUAACUGGACCAAUACCAGAAGGAAUAGGGAACCUAAUCAAUCUAAAUGAACUUGAUAUGGGUAACAACAUGCUAGUAUCCGCUAUUCCAGUAUCUCUCAGCAAACUCAAGAAGUUGAAUAGGUUAUCUUUAUCAAAUAAUGCGUUGUCAGGACCCAUCCCUGUAUCUCUGGGCAAUCUUACAGAACUUAUUACCCUUAUCCUCGGUCCUUUCCCAUCAGAAGUGGGAAAUCUCAAAAAUCUCAACGAAAUCGAUUUAUCUAAUAAUAUGAUUUCUGGUGAAAUUCCAACCUCCAUUGGUGAGUGUCAAAGCUUGGAAAAUCUUAAUGUAUCUGUAAACAUGCUUCAAGGGGCAAUUCCAGUGUCCCUAGGAAACCUAAGAGGCCUCUUGGUGGUUGAUCUUUCCUACAAUAAUUUAUCUGGGACAAUCCCAGAAGUACUUGGCAAGCUACCAGGGCUUUCUUCAUUGAAUCUCUCGUUCAACAAAUUGCAAGGUGGAGUGCCAAAAGACGGGGUAUUUCUCAAUGCCACUGCAAUCUUGAUCACAGGAAACGGUGGCCUGUGUGGUGGUAUCCCUCAACUGAAAUUGCCACCCUGCUCUAUCCACACCAACAAGAGGCCAUCACGAGAACUAGCCAUAAUAGUCUCCGUAUGCAGUGCAUUUCUUUUUGUCGCAAUAUUUGCACUUGCACUGUCUUUCUACAGAAAGAUCCAAAAAACAAAAGAAAACUUACAAAGGCCAGCCAUCGAUGAGCAACACUUGAGAGUAUCUUAUGUUGAAUUGGCCAAUGCAACAGAUGGUUUCUCAUCUGAGAACCUCAUCGGAGCAGGGAGCUUUGGCUCGGUCUACAAAGGGAGAAUGAGAAGCAACGACCAGCAUGUAGUAGUUGCAGUUAAGGUUCUCAACCUCACGCAACGUGGAGCAACUCAAAGUUUUAUUGCAGAAUGCGAGACUUUAAGAUGUGCUCGACAUCGUAACCUUGUGAAGAUCUUGACAGUCUGCUCCAGUAUUGAUUUUCAGGGUCGUGACUUCAAGGCCCUUGUGUAUGAGUUUCUACCAAAUGGAAAUUUAGACCAGUGGCUGCACCAACAUAUCAUGGAAGAUGGUGAACAUAAGGCACUGGAUUUGAUUGGAAGGCUACACAUUGCGAUUGAUGUGGCAUACUCACUUGAUUAUCUUCACCAGUAUAAGCCAACACCUAUUAUUCACUGUGAUCUUAAGCCAAGCAAUAUUCUCCUGGACAGUGACAUGGUUGCUCGUGUUGGUGAUUUUGGGCUUGCAAGGUUUCUACAUCAAGACACAUAUCGGUCAAGUGGUUGGGCAUCAAUGAGAGGAUCCAUUGGCUAUGCAGCUCCAGAGUAUGGACUGGGCAAUGAAGUCUCCACGCAUGGUGAUGUCUACAGCUAUGGAAUACUGUUGCUGGAGAUGUUCACUGGAAAAAGUCCAACGGACAGUGAAUUUGGAGAAGCCAUUGGACUCCGCAAGUACGUUCAAAUGGCGUUUCCAGACAGAGUGAGUAGUAUCGUGGACCAACAGCUACUAACAGAGACAGAAAACAAAGAAGCAAGCAUCUCUUACUCUGGCAGUAUUAGCAAUAUGAGAAUUCCUUGCAUUGCCUCCAUUCUGCAAGUUGGAAUUUUCUGUUCACAUGAGACACCAGCAGAUCGCCCACCCAUCGGAGAUGCUCUUAAAGAGUUGCAAGCAAUUAGAGACAAGUUUCACAAGCUCCUCCCCAGCUCUCUGGUAAAGGAGCACCAUAAAAAAUCAACUGACACGUCCCAAGUUUCUAGUGCAUGA